AUGAAAAUCUCACAACGAUUUCAUCAGUUCGAGUGUCAAGUUAUUGAAAUCAAUGAGCAUGACGACAACAGCAUCUUUGAAAUGACGCAUCGAGUGGUACAAGAAGCUUUGGGAAUAUUUAGCAAUAUCGAAAAAUUUCAAAAGUUUAUCGAACAAAAUUCACAAUUGAAGACAAUUUUUGAAAUGAGUUUGACGAAUAUUGAUGAUAAGAAGAAAGAAAAAAAUCUUUUGAUUGCAACUAACGCUCUUCAAAGAAAUAAAAUUCCCGCAGAAAUGAAAUCGUUAAUGGAUCAACAUGUUGAACUUAUGAGAUCCAUAACAAAGAAUGUUAAACAUCGAGAAUUUUUAGAUGAGUUCAUGCGAAAAGAAAUGGAAAUUGUCAUCACAAACACUUUCGGUCUUACAAGUCCGAAUGGAAAUGAAUUUGGUGCGGGAAUUUUUCCAUUGUCAUCGUUUUUCAAUCAUUCGUGUUCACCUAAUGUAAUGAGAAUUACGGUAGAAAAUAAACUUGUCUUUAUAGUUUCACGACCAAUUGAAGAGAACGAGCAACUCUUUGUAUGUUAUCGUAAUGACUUCAUGGAAACCUCCACAGAAAGUCGAAAAGCUGAACUGAGAACUAAAUACAAUUUCGAUUGUGUUUGCGAAGCUUGCAUCGAAAACUUUCCUUUACUCAUCGACAUUAAAUCGACUUCUUUAAAUAAAAUUUCUCCCGAAAAAACAUCAACACAACAGUUCACCGAACAGAUUGCAAAAGCAGAAUUUAAAACAAACUGCGAGUUCAUCAACAAAAACUCGAAAAAUUUUCCGAAUUAUGAAGUUUGCAACUUAAUAAAGCGAAAUCAAAGUCUUCUUGAGUAUCUGGCAAACAUUUCUUCAUCAUUUUCAUGGUGA